CUAUAUUAUAUCGGAAGCAGAUACGGCAACCUGUCAAACGUCAGGUCUUGCUACUACUACCUAGUAUUGUAUGCUUGCAAUUCACCAGAGAGUUGCAGAUCCAGAUUACAACACUCAGUCAACAUGUACCACACUCUUCGGUAACCCAAGCCCCGAACCUGUUUUCCCUGGCGAUACGGGGUCCCUUUCGAAAGGCCUCCUUGCGCCCGCACUCACCUGGGUUGUUGCGACGAAAUGGCCGUCCCUCGCCCACAUGUAUCAAUCCCACAAGAUGACAUGUCGCCUAUGCCUGCACUGGCCACGGCCCAAGUUGACAUUACUCACGACAUCACCCCUGCCAUCGCCAUCGACCCAGUCGCCCUCAUCACGACAGAAUGUAUAACUAUAACGUCGGCCAUGCGCAAGCAUGCUCGGUGGGCUCAAUCCUCGGUAGCCACAAUCUUGGGCGGAGGCGCCUCGAGGCUACAAGAGUCGGAACUGCGGCGUUCGUCUUCCCAGAGUCGUCGAGGGACACCGGUGAUCGCAGAUCCAGGAAAGACAAAGUUGAACGUCAAUAACCCCUCGGAUGAUGAGAAUGCCAGCCUGGCGAGCCGAUGGGGGCUGCGUGGAAAAAAGGGAAAGAGCCUGCAAGACAACCCGCUCCUGACAGCAUUCUCCAGGUUGAGAAGAGAUCUGGCAGGAUGCAGGGACGUCCGGACCGUGGACGCCCCAGAGCUACUACACCCUUUCCUGCAGGUCAUACGCAGUUCGUCGACCAGCGCUGCCAUCACCAGCCUUGCUGUCAUCUCCAUCACGAAGUUCUUCGCCUACAAUAUCAUCACAAUACAAAGCCCCAGGAUCGGUCCCGCCAUGCAUCUUCUCAGCGCCGCAAUCACUCAUUGUCGAUUUGAGGCUAGCGAUACGGCCGCCGAUGAGGUCGUGCUACUGAGGAUAUUGCGCUUGAUGGAGAACAUCAUAUCAAGACCCGAGGGUCAAUUACUCGGCGAUGAAAGUAUCUGCGAAAUGAUGAGCACUGGGUUAAGCAUGUGUUGUCAAGCAAGAUUGUCGGAAGUGCUCAGGAGAUCGGCCGAGAUGGCAAUGGUCACAAUGUGCCAGGUCGUCUUCAGCCGGCUGAGGUACAUCAAAGUGGAAGAGCUGCCCAAGAGUAGGAGUCGUUCAAACACCAGAACCACCCUGAUGAGUGCUUCGGAGGAUCUGAAAAUCGAGCCACCAAUGACCGGGAGUGUGAUGGGCAAUGGCGAAUCAGCACGGCCAAGUGUUGAUGCUGAUCCUCGGCCCAGCUCCGAACCAGCAUCUGAUGGCAAACCUUCCAAGUCGGAGCCAAAGAAUACAACGGCCCCCGUGAAGGGAGAGGAAGACGAGAAUGUUGAACCAUAUGCAUUGCCGUCGAUAAAGGAACUGUUUCGAGUUCUAAUCGACCUCCUUGAUCCCCAUGACCGGACCCACACCGAUCCCAUGCGCAUCAUGGCACUGAGGAUCAUUGAUGUUGCGUUGGAAGUCUCGGGCCCUUGGAUAGCCAAACAGCCUAUUUUGGCAGCAUUGGUUCAGGAUGAUUUGUGUCGACACUUGUUCCAGCUUGUUCGAUCAGACAAUAUGGUCCUGUUGAACAGCUCUCUUCGCGUUGCUGGAACAUUACUUGCUACGUGCCGACAAUUGCUGAAACUGCAGCAAGAAUUAUUCUUGUCAUAUCUGGUGGCAUGUUUACACCCUCGCGUUGACAUACCCCAAGAACCAGGAAUUGAUCCGGCGCUUUAUGAAGGCGUACCUCAAGCUCCGAAACUUGUCAAACAGGCGCCAUCCCAACCCAGUAGUGGGCGAUCUACACCUGUCCCAAUCAAGGAUAGACAGAAAUUAGGUCUUGAAGGCGGAGCAAGACGACCUGAAGCACGAGAAGCCAUGGUCGAGGCUAUUGGUACAUUAGUGCGCAUGCCUAGCUUCAUGGUAGAAUUGUUCGUCAACUACGAUUGCGAGGUCGAUCGACAAGACCUCUGUGAAGACAUGGUUGGUCUGUUAGCACGCAACGCAUUCCCAGAUUCUGCAACAUGGAGCACAACGAACGUACCACCACUGUGUCUAGACUCCUUGCUAAGCUUUGUCCAAUUCAUGGCGGAUAGACUUAACCAAGAAAUACCGACAGAUGCAGAGGAGCGGAUAGAGAAGAUGCGAUUGCAGAGAGUGAGAAAAAAGAUCAUCAAAAGUGGUGCCUCCAAGUUUAACGACGACCCGAAAGCUGGAAUUGCUUACCUGGUGAGAAAUGGUAUCAUCGACAACCCUGACGAUCCGUUGCAAGUUGCCCAAUUCUUGAAAGGAACAUCCCACGUUUCCAAGAAGGUAUUGGGCGACUUCUUGACGAAGAAAACAAAUGAGCGGCUUUUGACUGCUUUCAUUGGGUUAUUGAAUUUUGACGACAAACGAAUCGAUGAAGCACUUCGAGAAAUGCUUGGUGCUUUCCGUCUUCCGGGCGAAUCUGCUCUGAUAGAACGCAUUGUCAACAUCUUUACGGAUCGAUAUUGCACAACUGUCAACCCAGAGGAGAUCGAAGACAAGGACGCCGCCUUUGUUCUCACAUAUGCUAUUAUCAUGCUGAACACCGAGCUGUACAAUCCCAACAUCAAGUCUCAAAAGCGCAUGGCAGUGGAAGACUUUUCCAAGAAUCUGAGAGGGGUCAAUUCUAAAAAAGAUUUCGCCCCGGAGUUCCUUCAAGACAUUUAUGAUGCCAUCAAGCAGAAUGAAAUUAUAUUGCCUGAUGAACAUGACAACAAACAUGCGUUCGAAUAUGCCUGGAAAGAAUUGUUGAUGAAGACCAGCGAUGCAGGUUCCUUGGAACUAUGCAGCACGAACACAUUCGAUGCAGAAAUGUUCAGAGCGACGUGGAAGCCUAUAGUUGCAACGCUCUGCUAUGUUUUCAUGUCCGCUUCCGAUGAUGCUGUGUUCAGCCGAGUCGUGGUUGGCUUUGAUCAGUGUGCACAAAUUGCGGCCAAAUACGGCGUCACGGAAGCGUUCGAUCGAAUCAUUUACAGUAUCAGUCAGAUUAGUGGUUUGGCUUCAGAGAUCCCUCCCAGCACUUCUCUCAACACAGAGGUUCAGGUUGGGAAAAAAAGUAUCAUGGUUAGCGAGAUGGCCGUGAGACUGGGACGAGAUUUCAAAGCACAAUUAUCGACCGUCUUGCUGUUCCGUAUCUUGUCAGGCCACGAGGACGCAGUGGGAGAGACAUGGAUAUAUGUCGUACGAAUCUUGAGGAAUCUCUUUGUCAACUCGCUCAUCACCCUGCCCAAUAUUGAAAACACGAGGUUUGCCAAUCUAGGCUCAAUCCCACUGCAACCACCAUCGCAUAUCGUCGAUCGGGAUGGCAAACUCGGCGAAAGCGGUCUUUUCUCAACAUUUACAUCUUACCUUUCGAGCUACGCCGCAGAUGACCCCCCUGAACCUUCCGAGGAAGAACUGGAGAACACACUCAGCUCAGUUGACUGCGUGAGAGCGUGCCAACCGGAUAUGGUCUUGAAGCACAUGGCCUCCCUUCCUUCGAAUCAAAUUACAAGUCUUGUAACAGCCUUGUUGUCUCAAAUGGGAGAAUUCUCACCGGUGGUGACGGUGAAACCGGAGCGACCUCUUCCAGUGACCACGAGAGUUAAUGGCCACCGCAUGCCCAAAGCUGGACCAGAAUAUGAUCCCGGAUCUAUCUUUCUCUUGGAGCUGGCUACCAUGCUUACUCUGAGAGAUGAUGAAACCACCGCUGUAGCCGGAGAAGCAUUGACGGGUUCUUUGCAAAACGCAGUCAGGGAUGCGUCGAAUAUCCACCCCUUGGCACUGUCGAGGAUCGUCCAUUACCUUCUCGAGGUGCUGCGACAUGGCUAUACAUUCGACUUCAUGCGUGCCCCUGUAGUUCUUCACGCUAUUUCUAGCUUUGAUGAUGCUGUCUUGGAUCGUACCGCAGCAGCGAUCACGAAAGACCUAGCCAGCUGCAUCGACGGCCCUGCUGCUUUGACCAAUGAAAUCACAACCUCUCCAGAUUUCUGGUCGACUCUUCAACGACUUCAUCAGCACAAGACCGAAGCCGAAAAGGUUUUCUCCAUCCUGACUACUCUUGCCACGUCCAUGCCCACGACAGUGACGGCCGAUAAUUUUGAAUCUGUUAUCGGGUUGGCCAAUGACUUUGCUGCUGCCGGUUCUAUUGGCUCAAUCCAGGAAAAGCGACGGGACUUCGCAGCCAAACGAGGUCACCAAGCCAAACCGGCCCGCGACGAAGACAUUGCCGUAGUGCAACGAGCGAACAAAGCUAUCAGCUUGAUCUAUCAGCUUAGUGACCGUGUGCCUGGUCUUAUUGCUCAAUCACAUCUCGAGCGGAAUGAAGCUUGGGCGGCAUACUGGUCGCCCAUUUUCCGGGCGCUGUGUGCACAAUGUGUCAACCCAUGUCGUGAGGUCCGCCAUCGAGCGCUCUCGGCAUUACAACGCACAUUGCUUUCUGAGACCGUUGCAGAUAAGGAACAACAUCAUGAAUGGACAGCCAUGUUUGAUGAAGUUCUCUUCCCGUUAACUUUGAGGCUCUUGAAGCCCGACAUAUAUCAGAUCGACCCCCUCGGAAUGAACGACACGCGAGCACAUGCUGCAAGCCUGCUCUGCAAAAUCUUCUUACGAUAUCUUGACCGACUUGUAGAGGUAGGCCGAAUGGGCGAUGUGUGGGUAAAAGUAUUGGAACUCCUUGACCGCCUGAUGAAUGCAGGUACUGAAGGAGACGCUUUGGCUGAAGCUGUGCUUGAAGGGGUGAAGAAUGUUCUCCUCGUCAUGGACGGGACUGGGUAUUUGGGUAGGGAUAAUGCGAUUGUGCAACCUGGUUUGGUACCGCAACCACGUGUACCAAUUUCUCCAGAGACCGAAGAAAAAGACGAAGACAAAGACGAGGAAGAGGUUGAACAGCAGCAAGACCACAAGAUCGAUGAUUCUCAGAUCUGGCCAGAAACGGUGAGGAGAUUGGAUAGAUUCUUGCCUGGCCUGGUACAGGAAUUGUUUCCUCCUGCACCUGCGGAGAUGGAAGUGACAAGAGCCGAGGAGACUGUGGCUGAUGAGAAGAAUAGUGCGGUCUCUACGGAGUCAUAGUGAAGCUCAUGUAUAAAAUGUGAUCUGGUAGAAAUGCUGUUACAGAGACCGGAUUGUGAAAGAAAGCCGUUUCCUGGAAGUCAAGCGUAAUAUUCAGUGAUAGGAGGAUAGGCAGAGAUCAAGUACAUAUUCAUUC